AUGGAGCAGCUCAGGGCAGAAUUUGAGAAAGUUGUAGCGGAACUCAAGUGGGAGGAAGUUGUUUCCACUCUCCUGGAGGUGGUCAGUGGCAUGGUGUGUGCUACGGCAAGCUGUCCACCUCCUGUGCCUUCGUGGCUGAGGUUUGACACCCACUGUCAAUUGGUCACUGGUCCCAACAGAGGCUAUGGUGGGUGCGUCCCGCCCAGUUCAGCUUUUGUGCAGGCAGGUCAAGUGAUGGCAGGACCGCAGACAAAUCCAUAUGGCAUGCACGCAUUUGACAUCAAAAGUCAGGCAGGUGGCUCUCAGAAUCUCUCUCUACCUGGACGGUCACUUCCCGAAAACUCCAACUGGUGUCCUCCUGGGAUGCUGAAUGGAGGAGACAUGUUUCCGAUGUCAGGCCCUUCUGUCUACGCCGCUCCAAUGAGUUCCAACUCAAAGAAUGGAGGGGUGGUCUAUCACAUUGCUGGCCCCCCUGUCUUUGCUGCUCCCCCAAUAACAUGUACAAAAAGAAAACGACGGCGCCGGCGCAUCCGAGAUGCAGACCAGCCAUAUGUCAAGAAGCCACCCAAUGCCUUUAUGUGUUUUCUGAAGGAGCAGAGACAACAUGUAAAGGCACAGAUGAAUUUAAAAGACAGUGCUUCUGUCAAUACUGUCCUGGGUCACAUGUGGAAGCUGCUGACUGACGAGGGACAGGCUAAAUAUUACAAGAUUGCCGAUGCUGAGAAAAAACUCCAUUCUCAGAUGUAUCCAGAGUGGUCCAGCAGUGAUAACUACGGCAACAAGAGAAGGAGGCGCAGUGUUACAACAGCCUCCAAUAUUACAGAGCCAGGUUCUCCAGGAGAAACUCCAACUCCACAAACCAGUGACGAGUCUGAAAAAAUGCGUAUUGCAGACAAAGUCUUACAUAUGCUGGGAUGCGCCUAGUCACCUUAUGCUCCAUCAUUGGUUGUGGGUGCUGCCAGGCAGCCAUUUUGUAUCACUGUGUCCUCAACGAAUGAAUGUUAUUUAAAGUAUGUAAAUAUAUUUAAAUGUAUAAAAAAAUGCAAAUAUGUUUUAGUAUUUUACAGUAUUGUCGAACAACAAUGUGUUCAAUCCACAUCCUCUGGAUUUUAACGAGUUCCAAAACUCAUGAUGGAAGGGUGUGAAGAUGUUCGAAAUAAAACUUAAAUCUGUUAUGCGCACACCCCAAAAACAAGACAAAGCAAUGUAUCCCUGUGGGAUGCCUGAUAUUCACAAAGUGAAUGAAAUUACUGAAUCAAAACAGGCUUAACCUUAGCAAGCCUGUCAAGCAGCAACAUGUGCAUCUUUACAAUGUUCAUGUAAUACAAAGUAAUUAGUAGCUAAAUAGGAUGUUUGUAAAUUGUUAACUUGAGCCACUCUUUGUGUAACGUUGAUGAGUCAUGACAAUGACAUGCAAAGGCACAACAAUGAACAUGAAUAAAAUGUUUUGAAUGAUGGAUCUUGUUCAUA